CAGCGGAUACUGUUUGUAUAACAAAUAUUUUGCUUAUUUAUAUUUUUUUCAAUAAUAAACAUCGCUCUGGUACUAUUUAUAGCUUUGUUCGUCACUUUUGGAAAUCGUAAGAUUCGUGUCGUGAUUCGGUAGUAGUGACAAGAUGCGGUACAUAUUUCUAACCACUAUUUUUAGUGUUGUUUUUGCAUAUGAAAAAGACAUGACUUUUAGUGUCCAAGCCGGGAAAAUGGAGUGUUUUUAUCAAAAAGUGUCCGUGAAUGAAGCAAUUGAUGUCGAAUAUCAGGUGAUAGACGCUACACACGGUGAGCUGGACAUAUCGUUCCAGAUGGCAGACCCAGUUGGUAGAGUUAUUGUAGCUGAUUAUAAAAAACCAGAAAACGGACACCGGCACAAAUCGUUGUUAGAAGGCGACUAUAGAUUCUGUUUCGACAACAGUUUUAGUACGUUCAGUGAAAAGACUGUCUUCUUCGAUCUCAUGAUCGAGAACGAUGACACGAAUGAGAAGGAUUAUGACGAUGAUAAGGAAAUGGAGCUCGGCAAUGCAGCUGAAACAUACAUGAUGCGCGUCAGAGAUAUAUCCGAGUCGGUGAACAAGUUGAAAGACAACGUCUCCACGGCGAGGAGGCUGCAGGAACUGCUCUCGGCACACGAGGCGAGGGACAGGAACCUCGCUGAAGAUAUGUGUUCCCGGGUAAUGUCGUGGUCUCUGGGUCAGAUCAUGCUGAUGAUGGUGGUUGGUGUAACACAGGUAUAUUUCUUGAAGAGUUUAUUCGAAGACAGUAGAGGUUUGAAGAAUUUGGUCCCUGGCUUCAUGUCACAGUGAUAUCAACUUAAAUCCUGUAGAUAAUCAAAUAAUUCAACACCCCAACUUUACAGCUGGUCAAAAUACUCGCUCCAUUUUUUUAUCUAUUGUCAUUGGUUUGCCAGUUUAUUCUCAAACUAGCUGCUGGGCAUCAGUUGCCAUUGCUUCCUCAUUGGUGUAAACCUUCCCAGUGAAUGGGAUAUUUGAUACGUUUUGGUAAGUCCUGAUAUUAACACAUUAAAUCAAACUGUUCAGCUUUAGAUAACGGGAUAAAAUUUAUAUGUUAAACAAAAAUGUUGAUUUAAAAUGAAACAAAUUUUAAAUUUGAUUUAAUUUCAAACAGAGAUUAAUGUUGCCAUAUGAAAAAAUAAGUUACAAAAUGUCUACAAAAGCAUGUGUUCAAUUUUUUAAAUUGUAACAUUCAACAAUUAUUUUUGUCUGUGUACUUUUUCUCUUAUUAGGGUUAAUAUUGUAUUAUGCAAAGGCACAAAAUUAUCGUCACAAACGAAGCAAUAAUUAUUAUAUAAGUAUAGUAAUACAUGUAUUAUAGAUAUUAAAAAUACAAGUGACAAAUUAUCUUAUAAAAAAGCUUUGACUACAUUAUGAACCAUAGUUUUUUUUAUAUUUUUAUGAUAUAGAAUGGCUGUCAAGCCCAUAGACAAUGGCGCUGUGAGAUAUAUUAACAAUUCUUUGCAUCGCAAAUGCGCUAACAACAUCGGGAACUAAAAUGUUAUGUCCCUUGUGCCUUACACUGGCUCACUCGCCCUUCAAACCGGAACAAAAUAAAACUGAC